GGAAAAAGGCAAAGACGCUUGUAAUAUUUGUAGUUUGUAAUAUUCGUUUCUUAUGUUUCAAUGUUGGGGUCCAUUUACAACUAUGCUAAUACAUUCAAAUUGAUGGUUGGCUUUACACGUCAGUCACGUAAUCUACAGCUUCUUACUAACAGUGACUCCAACAAAAGACAAGCGAGCGAAAAUACGUUCUGGAGGUUAGGGAAGAUGGCAUGGGGAUUCGGACCGAAACUUCCAGUUCAUUAAUCAGGGAACAAAUGCAAAUAUCACGGCUAACCCCCACAGCUACUAAGUUGAUAGACUGCUUCGUAAACAUUAGCAUACCUCUUUCACAACGCAGCAAGCAUCGCCAUACCCCCACCCUUCCUCCUUGUGGUUACCUUAAAGUGGUUUGCUAAAAUUGUGACUAGUCAACAAUGCAGGAAUAGGUAUGUCUGGUGCACUUGAGACUCAAACAAUGGAUAUGACAAGGAAAGUGUUUGAGACCAACUUUUUUGGAGUGUUGCGCCUCACCAAAGCUGUACUUCCAAGCAUGAAAUCUAACAAAGAUGGGCACAUCAUGUGCGUAACAAGCAUGGGAGGUAUCUUUGGAACACCCUUUAACAGUGUUUACUGUUCGUCAAAGUUUGCAGUGGAAGGUCUUAUUGAGUCACUAGCUCCAAUGCUCAGGAUGUUUAAUGUGAGAUGUUCUUUAAUUGAACCUGGACCAGUUUCAACUUCUUUUGUUGCCAAUUUAUCCCACACGGCUACAAGUGACGACAGCCUUUUAGAUGAGGAGACAAAACAGCUUUAUGACAACUACUCCAAAAAGAUGCGAGCUGCCUUCACCACAGUGGUACAGACCCCAGAUGAAGUCAGUCAGGUGAUCUUAGAGGCAUUACUAGCUGACAAGCCUCACUUGAGGUACCAGACUAACAAGAAUUAUGCAGCAGCCACAUCCAGCAAGCUAGCAGACCCAACUGGUGACACAUCUGUAGAACUUAUGUCCCAGCGUUUCUUCCAUUAGAUUUCUUGCCAACAUGGCGGACAUUCUGUAUUACAUUUCAGAUAGGAUAUCUUUAAAAAUAUGUCAAAAACUGGUUAUUAAGCCACUUCUGGAUGAACCAUUUUAAAUUUCAUUAUUACUUGUGAUAAUAUUUCUCUUGCAAUAAUUUGUAGCACCAAACACAGAAGUUGUUUUACUCUUUCUUUCAACUGAGAAGAUAACAUUAAACACUUGAGACUAUUCUUCACUACUCCACUGCAGCUGACUGCACAUAGUAUUUUCAUCUCUCAGUGUGGUAAAACAUUGUCUCUCAUGUUUGAUAUACUGCAUAAUAAAUUCAUAUCACUUUCA